AUUUGCAUCUUUCUCUCUGUUUUACAAAACUGGAAUGGGAUGCACAAGGGGUGAAAUUGAAAAAAAGAAUUUUUUUUUGUUGGCUUUUGUUUACCUGCUGUGUGUGGCAACCGGCUUGCUCCCUCUCUCUGCUUGCUAUCCCUGACCUUUCUUUCUUUUUGCUCCUUUUCAAAAAAAAUAUUAAUUUUCCCCUUCUGUGCAAUGGAGCGUGGGGGGGGGAGGGGGAAGGGUUUGAGAAUCCACCCAAGCCCGGCCCCUAUUCCCCAGAACACCAAUAAUAACCCCCUUUAAAACAUUUACCUUCCUCCCCUGCUCCUCCUCCUCCCCCUCCCCCCACCCGCCCCCAACUCACAACUCUGUUGAGUCCAGAAGCUCAGAAUCGGGCGUUGGGCUUUGCCGGGUGCUUCAGAUCCAUGGAUGAGUUCCACCCGUUCAUCGAGGCGCUGCUGCCUCACGUCCGCGCGUUCUCCUACACCUGGUUCAACCUGCAGGCGCGGAAGCGCAAGUACUUCAAGAAGCACGAGAAGCGGAUGUCGAAGGACGAGGAGCGAGCGGUGAAGGACGAGCUGCUGGGCGAGAAGCCCGAGAUCAAGCAGAAGUGGGCGUCCCGGCUGCUGGCCAAGCUGCGCAAAGACAUCCGGCCCGAGUUCCGCGAGGACUUCGUGCUGACCAUCACCGGCAAGAAGCCCCCGUGCUGCGUGCUCUCCAACCCCGACCAGAAGGGCAAGAUCCGGCGGAUUGACUGCCUGCGCCAGGCCGACAAGGUGUGGCGGCUGGACCUGGUCAUGGUGAUUUUGUUUAAGGGGAUCCCCCUGGAAAGUACUGACGGGGAGCGGCUCUACAAGUCGCCCCAGUGCUCGAACCCCGGUCUGUGCGUCCAGCCACACCACAUUGGAGUCACAAUCAAAGAACUGGAUCUUUAUCUGGCUUACUUUGUCCACACUCCGGAAUCCGGACAAUCAGAUAGUUCAAACCAGCAAGGAGAUGCGGACAUCAAACCACUGCCCAACGGGCACUUAAGCUUCCAGGACUGCUUUGUGACUUCCGGGGUCUGGAACGUGACAGAGCUGGUCAGAGUUUCACAGACUCCUGUCGCCACAGCAUCAGGCCCCAACUUCUCGCUGGCGGACCUGGAGAGUCCCAAUUACUACAACAUAAACCAGGUGACGCUGGGGCGGAGGUCCAUCACCUCCCCUCCUUCCACCAGCACCACCAAGCGCCCCAAGUCCAUUGAUGACAGCGAGAUGGAGAGCCCGGUCGACGAUGUCUUCUAUCCCGGGACAGGCCGCUCCCCAGCGGCUGGCAGCAGCCAGUCCAGCGGGUGGCCCAACGAUGUGGAUGCAGGCCCGGCUUCUCUAAAGAAGUCAGGAAAGCUGGACUUCUGCAGUGCCCUCUCCUCUCAGGGCAGCUCCCCGCGCAUGGCUUUCACUCACCACCCGCUGCCUGUGCUUGCUGGAGUCAGACCAGGGAGCCCUCGGGCCACAGCGUCAGCGUUGCACUUCCCCUCCACAUCCAUCAUCCAGCAGUCGAGCCCGUACUUCACGCACCCGACCAUCCGCUACCACCACCACCACGGGCAGGACUCGCUGAAGGAGUUUGUGCAGUUUGUGUGCUCAGAUGGCUCGGGCCAGGCCACCGGACAGCCCAACGGUAGCGGCCAGGGCAAAGUCCCGGGGUCAUUUUUGCUACCGCCGCCGCCUCCAGUGGCCAGACCUGUGCCCCUUCCUAUGCCUGAUUCCAAAUCCACCAGCACUGCCCCAGACGGCGCCGCCUUGACUCCUCCAUCACCUUCAUUCGCAGCGACAGGCGCCUCCUCUGCCAACCGGUUUGUCAGCAUCGGACCCCGGGACGGCAACUUUCUGAACAUCCCACAGCAGUCUCAGUCCUGGUUCCUCUGAUAAGAUCGACAAAAGAAAUGACAAAAUGAAAAGAAGAGGUUCCUCAAACAGGGGGAGAAGAAAUUUUGAGACGUGGAAAAAAAAAUCCCCCAGCCCAGCCCCACCGAAAAGCAAAAAUUAAACGUCGUCAGCCACUCAGCCCUUCUCUCCUCCAGCCCAGGGACCCCUGCAGGCCCCCCGAAGCAGCCCAGUUUUCUGAGAGCCCUCCGAAGAGGUCUCGGCGGGCGGAGCUGCGCACCAGCAGCCAAGCAGAAAGCAACAUGCAAAACGGACUCUGCCAAGCAGAGGGCAGAAAGAAAGAAAGGAUGCAGCCGAACUUCCUCCCCAUCCCAUCCUGGCCUUCCUUCCGGGGAAGGAACUUCAUCCCCAAACGAGUCCACCAGCACCUUGCUGAAGGGGCCUGUCCCCCACCCUUGUCCUUCCUGGGGGAACCCCACCCUCAGCUGGGGUCAGAGCUCCACUAGGGAGCUCAGAGGACUAGCUUGGAAAGAUGAGGGGUGCAGGUCCAGAGGGCGCUCCCCUCCAGAUCCCACCCAGCCCUCCCUCACUGCCUGUACCGGAGGCGGUGAGACAGGGCCGCCUCUGAGUCCCCCUGCCCCACCCUUCGGCUAGCAGCCCCACCCCCUGGACAGGGGGCAUCUCCUGGAGCGAGUUUCAUGCUCCCAGAAUGGAGGGUGUCCCACCACCCUCCCCUGGGCCACAGGGGGAUUCCCAGGACCCCAGACCCCUCUGUACAGUAAAGAGUCAGAUUGCUCUCCAAGGUCCAGUCCCCGAGGGGGACAGGCCCCCUCUUCCCUCUCUUCACAGGCAGGCCCGGGAGGUCGCCCUUCCGCCAUGGCCCCAGUGAGGGGAGACGGGCCCCAAGUCGCCCCCACACCCCAGCCCGCAUGCAGGUGCCCUUGUGCCACCCCAUCGGUCCCUGCCCCUGCCCCUCACGCAGACAGCCCUGCUGUGGCCGGGCGGAGAGUGGAGCAGAAAGGGGACCCGCAGCCAAGCGAGAAGGAAGGGCAGCCGCUGCUGCCCUCGCCUCAGCCGCCACCUGCGCUAGGUAGGCGUCCUGCUGGCCCACUUUCCGUUCCUCCGGAGGGUGUUGGGUGUCGGUCGUCCUUUUUCAAAAGCGUUUUGGAGUUUUCUCUCCCCCCACCCCCACUUCCCCCCCCUCACCCCUUGUGGCCACUUCUCUCUGGAUUUCAGCUGUAAUGUCUUUACUCUUUAUUUUGGGGUGGGGCAUUCAUUGUUCGGGUCUUCUGCUGUUGCAAUUGGGAACUCCUCCUCCAGUUAAGCAAUUUGGGAACAAUUUGGUAACACACCACAGGAGGUAGCUCCCCCCCCCAACUCCCCUCCUCCCCCAAGGGAAGGUUGGGGACCUGUGCAGAGGGUCUUCAGAAGGCCGUCCUGGGAGGGAGGGGAGCAGGGGCACGCCCAGCCCGAUCCAGGGUGUGACUUGGCCCCUCUGGCUUGUCUUUCUGUGCCUUACUCCCUCCUCCCCGCAUCUCCCCUCCUUGGACCCCUUCUAAGUCCUUGUGCCUCUCUCUCUCUCUCUUUCUUAAUUGUAUGAAAACACAAAGCACAGGUCAGGAUCCUCUGGAAGUCAAUCAGCCCAACAUUGCACGCAGGGGUGGGUUAUGGGUUUUAUUUAUUGUGAAUCUAGUGUGUGAGGCUGCGGCAGAGCAGGCGAGGGCAGGAAGGCGGCGAGGGAGCUGGCUGGGAAGGGGCCGAGGGGGCCAGCGGGUGGCGCCCCCUCCCCAGCUGGCAGCCACGAGGUAGCGAGCCCUUGGGGGUAGCUUCUGUUGGAAGUUGAGCAAAGGCCCUCCCCCCGCCCCCAUCCGCUUGCAGCCCAGGGGAGGACGGGGACUGAGAAGCUGGGGACCGGGGAUCCCACGGGAGCCUGGGGGCGGGGGUCGUGGGGAGUAGGGCGGGGUGGGGGGCCGGGUGGGCCGGGCGUGACGCGCGGUCAAAGUGCAAUGAUUUUUCAGUUUGGUUGGCUAAACAGGGUCAGAGCUGAGAGGGGAGCGGAAGGGACCCCCUGCCCGGCCGCACGUGCCCUCGAAGGCCAUCGGGGCGGCGGGCGGCGGAGCGGCGGGUGGCGGGCGCCACGGGAGCCGGGUCUGCGGGGCGCCCGCCCGGCGAGGUCGGAAGCUGCAGGCCAGCUGGGCCGGGACGGAGCGCGCCCGGCGGGGCUCGGGGCGGGCAGGGCGUGGGGGUCGCUCCGUCCCCGAGGGUCGCUGUGAGGCUCAGGCGAGAGGCGGCGAGGCCACAGGAGAUGUGGGGACGUGUUAGAAGAGAAAAACAAACGAAAAAAAACCCACAAAAAAUAUAUAUGGGGGAAAUGAACUUUUUUUUUCAUUGAACCAAGUGCAAUGCAUCAGAGAGUUUUCCUAUCUUUGUAUGUUAAGAGAUUGUUAAGAAAAAUUCUAUUUUUGUUGUAAUGUCCUCGCGGCUCUGGGGACGCUAAAAGAACCGGGCCUGCCCCGCCCUUUGCGGGGAUAACGAAAGCUGAGUGUUUUUUUCUUUUUUUUGUUUUGUUCGUUUCAGGUUUUUUUUUUCUUUUUGUUUUUUUAAGUCGUUUUCCUGCGUUGACAAGGAUGAUCUGGGGUUUUUAUUUGUUUCGUCGUUCGUUCUCAGUUUCGGUGGGAGGGCUGAAGGAAACGUUCACAUUUUAGAAUUUAAAAAAAAUAAAAACACCUGAUUUAAAAAAAAAUCAACACAAGAUCUCAAAGGAAAAGGACGAGAGAAAAAUAUUUUUAAGAUAAUUCAACAUAAAACCCUGGUGCUUCUUACAUUAUAAAGUACGUUUUUAAAGACCCACAAACUAUUAUACAUAAGUUUAUGAUCAAUUAAAUAUCCUGCACUUGUUAGGAACACGCAUAUCCCUUCUUUGUUGAGUUUAACGGAACGGGACAGCGGCGUGCGCCCAGCGGCGGGGCUGCUCUGGCCGCGGGUCUCUCCGGGCGCCUCCUUCUCAGGGGCCCAGCGCCCCCACCUCGCCCCACCCCCCCCUCCCGGUCCUGGGGCGCGGCGGGGGGCCCCCAGUCCCUACCCCGCAGAGGUCAAUGCCAACGAACAAAUGUCCCCUCCCUUCCUCCUUCCCUCCCCCCCUGAGCGCCCUUCUUUGAGCCAGACGCCAACUUGACCCUCACCAGCAUUAUCAGGAGCGCGCUCAGCAAGUUGGUAGUUCCCUCCCCGGCGCCCCCAACUCAACAUCACUCCUCCCACCCCCACCCCGCCACCCUCCGGGGAGCACGGGAAAGGCUCGACGCUCCAGGACAGGACCAGCCAAGCGGGCAGGUCGAUUCGCCCAGGCCUGCGCACGCACGCACGCACGCACACGGCCCCGCACACAGCCCCCUCCCCACCCCCAACCAGCCCUGUCAACUGCCUUACGCACCCGCCCCCGCGCUGGCCGGCCGACCUAGUGCCUUGUUCUCACCCCGUGCUGGCGGAGCGGACGCCGCGCUCUGGGUCCCAGAGGGGCCGGGUGGCUCAGACGACGCACCACUUCCCCACCCCGACCGUGCUGAACGGACCCCCCACCCACCCACCCGACACACACACACACACACACACGCGAGAAAAAUAAAAGGAGCAAUAAAAAAUCACGAGAACUUUCGCCCCCCAAUCGAGAGCCCGAGGGGCACCCUAGCCCCACCUCUGCUCCCCCCACCCACCCUUGGGGCGCCCCCCUCCCCCCGCCAGCCAGCCUGGGCCAGCCCCGCUUCGGCCCCUCCCGGGAGAUCCGUGCGCCCGACCAGCACCAGCAUUGCGGACCGCAAAGGCCGCCCGUCCCGUCAAACAAGUUUCUUCUUAGGCUAAGAAACGCAGUAUAUACGAGUAUCUCUAUAUAUAGUACUAAUGGAUUUGGUGUGCUUCCCCUUAGCGUCCCCUGUCCCCCUCUCCUCCCCCUUCAGCCUGGUCUCUCCCUCUCUGCCCUCCACCCCCGUCUCUGCACUGAGAUACAUAAGAAACAAGGGUAGUUUACUGUCUGUUUUGUUUUCUGGGUUUUCAGUGUCCUAGCGGAAUGCAAGUAGGCAGCCAGCCCGUCUGUCCCCUCUCCGCCCCGCCCCGCCCCGCCCCCGUCACUGCGCUUCUGUUAUACCAUCUUUGCCUGACUCUCUCCGGCUUCUCCAUUGAAUGGCUAAUGUGUAUGUGAAAUAAAGAAAUAAAGAAAAACAAAAGCAA